UAGUGAUGCUUAUAUGUGUAGCAGUGGCGUAUAUUUUAGUUCUUAUAUUUUAAAUGCAUAGGAGAUGCACAGUUAACUGAUCCACAGUUAUUUAAGUAUUAAUGUUCCCUCAGUUUGCUUUAAUUUACUUUAUCUUGUUAACUUUAUGAUGUCCUUAGUGUUGCGCAAUCUUGUAAUGAAAUCUGCGUAACGUUUUUUAGUGAUGUUAUAAUACUUUUGACUGAUUCGAACUCGAUAUCUGAUAAGUCAGGAAUUGGACUUUAUAAUUUGAGACGCCUAUGCUCUUCUACCCUUAUUAAGCAGUGUCUGUUAAUGAGAAACGAUUCACUGAACAUUUACUCUAACUGUAAGGCUGGGGUAGCCUGUUCCUCUUUUUUCAAACUACGUUGUAAUAAGAAGCAAGCAGCUUUAUUCGUAAAAUACUUCUUUGUGUGUGCCUGACUGUGGACUAACAAGAUGCUCACACCUAUGGAAAUUAAACGAAGUCUUGAUUGUCAGACACAGUAUGAUCUACGGUGACAUCCAAUAAGUACAAGCCCUUCCACAGCUCGCAUUAUGGCCGGUCUCUGUGUUAAUAUUGACAGUUCUUUGCUCUACACGACUUUGUAUUUAUACAGCCCGAUCAAUGGAUUGCUGUGUGGCGACCUUGCUGUGCCUCGGCACAGCGCUGUACUUGCUCGUUCAGGUGAUUCGUUUCAUCUUUGCGGACGCCGAUCUGACUUUGCUCUGGAUGGUGACGUUUGGAAAGACGCCAGAGAGUACAUUGCGGGGAAAGGUGGUUUGGAUUACAGGGGCUUCCAGCGGCAUAGGAGAGGAGCUGGCCUAUCAGCUAGCAAGCCUGGGGGCUCGCCUGAUCAUCUCUGCCCCGCAGGAGAGUGAGCUGCAGAAGGUGAAGAACCAUUGUUUGGAGCUCGGCAGUUUGAAGGAAGGGGACGUUUUGGUCCUUCCCUUUGACUUGCUGGAGCGAGACACUCAUGCUGCCAAAACGAGGGUCGCGAUACAGCACUUUGGCAAUAUUGACAUCCUGAUCAACAAUGGGGGGCGCAGUCAGCGCUCCCUGUUCCAGGACACGAAUCUGGAAGUUAUCCAGGCCCUGAUGGACAUCAACUAUCUGGGCAGCGUGUCGGUCACCAAGCACGUCUUGCCACACAUGAUGCAGCAGGGCACCGGCACCCUGGUAGCGGUCAGCAGUGUGGUGGGGCUGGCGGGGGCACCCCUGGUCACUGGCUACUCUGCUAGCAAGCAUGCCCUGCGGGGUUUUUUCAACUCGCUGCGCACUGAGCUGGCAGACUACCCCGGGAUCACCAUAAGCACUGCAUGUCCGGGGCCUGUGCAGUCUGGUAUCGUCCAAAAUGCCUUCACCGAGGAAUUACAUCGGCCGGUAGCUGUCGCUGGAGAACAGAGCCACAAGAUGGCUACCUCGCGGUGCGUACACUUGAUAUUGGUGGGCAUAGCCAAUCAGGUCAAGGAGAUGUGGAUCGGUCAGCAGCCGUUCCUGCUCAUGCCCUACCUAUGGCAGUAUACACCCACCUGGGCCUGGAGUUUCUCUGGCAUGUUGGGUAAAAGGAGAGUGGAGAACUUCAAGGCUGGACUGGAUGCGGAUUCCUCUUACUUUACAAAGCCCAAGACGUCCUGAGGCCUUUUUUUCAUUUUGUUUGUUUGUUUAAAUCAAGAAAAGCUUGGCCUCUCUGUCACCGUGGUGCUUUUCCUGUUACUUAAAUGUUGAAAUCAGAAUAAAAAUGGUUCAAAGGCUGA